UCAGGUUGUCUUUAUUUCAACUUCAAAUUCAGAUGCCAAAUUAUAAUUGAGAUUUUUUGAAAUGUGGUUCAAGGGAAAAUGAAUGAAGAAAUCGGUGCAUCUACCGCCUCUUCUUGGAGAGAAUGUUCUCGUGUUUUAUUAAACCUCCCUAACUCGACAGCAUGGAAUAUUUUCAUCGUGACAACAUCUAUCCUGAACUACUUGUUGGUGACUGUAGCACUUACAGUUCUAUCCAACUCUUACAUGGACUACCUACCAUUCUUCGUGAUAUUUGAUGUCUCGUACCUACUGCAUUUUGUACUGUUGAACACUCACCGCUCCUCAAAAAACGCUAGGAAAAACCUAACAGAAGUGGUUGAUACUUCAAUGCUUUGCUUGGUAGCUGAUUCUUUAUCUCUCGUACCCUUUGUGAUGGUUCUGACGCCGUUCUUCAACGAGACUUACACAAGAUUCACAUUAUUGUUCAGACUGCUUGGCGUUUUGAGACUGAGACACGUCGUGUACUUUCGGAAGAAGCAAAAUUCAGUUUUCAAGAACAGCCUGGGUUGGUGUAUCGCUGAAGCAGCGAUACUGAUGUGCUUGCUGAUCUAUCAAACCAAUUUGGCUUGGUUCAGUCUUGAUGAUGAGGAUGUUCAGAAUUUCUUGCAUGAGUUUCAGCAUUCAAAAAAUAGCGAAGACGAACAUACCGUUGAAUACCUUGGAAAUUCGCACCUGUUUCUCACACAUAUGUCAACGUUGAUACUAUUUAACGCCGGACUACAAGAGCAACAUCUAUCUACCAGAAGCGAACUAUAUUACUUUAUAACCAUCACAUUAGCUGGACAUUUUUUCUGUAUAACACUGAUCUGCAGCAUCGCUUGGUUCUCAAUAUAUUCCAACUACAAUCGAGUCGAAGAUUGUAAAAAGAUUGAAGAUCUCAACAGAUUCUUGAAGCAUACUGACAAAAACAUGCGUAUCAAGAUUAGAAAGUAUUACAAGUCACUUUGGCAGAAAGAACGAGGCUAUCUCGAACAGUCGCUGUUACAUAUGAUUCCCGAAUCUCUGCAAAUGGACGUUUUCUAUGACCUGAGUUGCGGUCUCUUGAACCGUAGUUUGAUUCUGAAGGAUCUUCCCACAAUGGUUCAAAGAAAAUUGCCUAUAAAAAUGAUAACUUUGCAAAGUGGAGAAUGUGCAUAUUAUCAAUACGUGGUCAAAAAUGGUAUGGUUUGUAUCGAGGACGGAAUUUUGGAAAUUUUACAUCAUGAAGAUGGCGAAAGUCCUGUUAUGUCUUUGGCCAGUGGCAGUAUUCUUGGGGAAAUAGCCCUAAUCUUCAAUGUACCCGCCAAAGCAACCGUACGAGCUUUGACCAACACAAAAUUACUCACUUUGGAAAAAUCUGACUUUGUCUCGGUAAUGUUGGACUACCCCGAAGAGCUUCACAAUAUUCAGCGAACGUUAAAAGAUCGUAUCGACAAUGUAAAAAUGCAAAAUGAGAAAAGGAUGAGAUAUAAUCUGAAACGUCUGAAAAUACAAAUAAAUGGUAUACGUAUACAUGACUUUCAGGGUCACGUGCAGGGAAAUGCCAGUAUACCAAACGUUCAUCUAAGCCUAUAUAAGUUGUCCAAGAGAAAUCUGUCAAAUACGUUGGCUUGGAUGUUCCACGAUGAAUGUAUUAUGAUGGAAGUUUGGAGAGUAGCCCACAGUCUAUUGCAAAUUAUUUUAUGUAUAAUUUACCCAUACUACGUCACCUUUGUCAAAACCGUACCUUACUGGCUAAGUGUCUUUGUCAGAAUCUCUGACUUCUUUUGUGUAACAAACCUUAUUGUGAAGUGUUAUACUAUGAAAAACAUAAGGGAGCAAACAAAAUUGAGAGAUAUUGUUAAUGAACGAAUGGACGACUGGAGAGUUAAUUUAGAUGUUUUUUCAACCCUUCCAAUAGAGGUUUGGUGCAAUUUCUUCGAAAACAUAAUAGACAGAGACAGAUAUUAUGAUGUGCUUCAGCUCAAUCGUUUGUUGAGACUGCAUCACCUGAGCUAUAUUAUUAAACAUGAUUGCUCAUGGAAAGCCUGGUUAAUUAAAAGUGUUUUCUGCAUAACCUUGUUUAUUUACUAUUAUUGUUGCAUCCUGUAUUUGUAUGCAUGUUUUUAUGAGAUAUGUUACGUGAACUCUUGGUUCCUGCACAAACUAUUUGAACUAAGCAGAAAUGGCGUAGCUCAAGUCAACCAUUUCUCAUUGAUGUUCUAUUAUGUGACGAUUUAUUUCUUCCGUACUGGAAAUUGUAUGAUAUUUCCCAAAACAAGCGAUGUAGUUGUAUUGUUCACAUUGCUUACUAUUUGCGCAUUGUUGGUUAGGAGCUACUUCUUGGCCCAGAUUGUAUCUCAUGUCUUUAUGGCUUAUGCUACCGAUGGGUGGAGAUAUUUGGAUUUCAAACUCAAAAGACUGGAUGAAAUAUACUCUAUCACAAGAUCUUCGUCAGAAAGAGUAAAGCAAUAUAUGACUUCAGACUCAUAUCACUACACACUGAGCAGUGAAAAUUUUAUGUCUGAAACUUGCCCAAAACAUUUAAGGCUAUUGCUACAUUCUUCAAGAACUGGAGACAGUUUGUCGCAUAUAGCUUUGUUCAAGGCAGUUGAUCUAUAUUGUUUGACACUAAUGAUGAAGUCCAGCAAAAUAAUUCGAAUCCCAAAAUCGGAAAUAGUAUACUACUAUGGUGACGUCACAAGGCAAUUUUUCGUUUUAAUCAACGGUUGUUGCGAGGUAUACAACUGUGAGGAUACGUUUGAGAAAAUCGUGGAAGCUGUUUGCGAUUUUGGCACUCUGGAAACGAUUUUUGGUAUUCCGAAGAAACAGACUGUUAUCGCAGCAACUGAUUGUGAUCUGUUAAUGAUUGAGUACAGCGAUUUAUACAAGGUGUUGAAGACUUUUUCUAAGGAAAUAGAUGCAGUUGAGUAUGUACGCGAUAGAUCAGAUAUGAGACUGCUUGUGGAGAACCUUGAUAAAGGAAGACAUCUGGAGGGUUAUCCUUAUAGAGAUUAUAUUCUUCUUGAGAAAUCCGUGAUAAACCUUUCAAGAAUCGCUACUGGCUACUGGAAAAUCUACAAGCAAAACUGGGGUUCAUUUUGGUUCCUUGCCUGGUUGCUUCUGCCCGUCUCCGUGAAUCCGCAUGGGCUUUUAUUCAAAAUGUGGUGCAUCGUAAGAUGCGUUUCGAUCACUAUCGUGUGCAUUCUGCAACCGAUUGCUCUAGCUAUCACAACAUACGAAGAAAAAUUGCAUUGGAUCAUAUGGAUCUGUCAGCUGUCGCUGUAUUUGGACAUUUAUAUAAAUCUACACGUUGCAGUUUAUGAGACGGGAUAUUUCAGGUCACAUCCAGCAUAUACGGCAAGGUAUUAUCUGACACACAGCUUCGUUUUGGACCUUGUGGCACUCCUGCCAUGGGAAUCUAUUGCGUACGCUACAUCUACACGAUAUCGCAAAUAUUGGAGAAUACUGAAAUUGGUGCAAGUACACAGGGUGAUUAGUUGCGUCGCCUAUUUUGAAAGUGAUAGACUCAGACCACGAGCUUCUUUGAAGAUCAUCAAAAUGUUGACGCUGAUUUUGUUUGUUGUACAUCUUUUAGCUUGUUUUGUCAUGAACACGCUUUGCUCAAAAGAUAUCACUGACAGUUCAAAAACUGGGAUUGAUGAUGAGAUGAAUUGUCAACUAUUUUCUAACAGUAGUCAUUUCAAGAAAUAUUUGAUUUCGUUCCAAAUCGGUACACAUUUGCUGUCGAAUACAGGUUUUACUGAUUUCGAAGCUUGGUCUACAGUCCCAAUGUUUUUGACAAUAUUAUUGGGAUUCGUGAUAUUUUCCAUUUUCUCUGCAAUAAUCGCAGCUUUGAUAUUGGAAAAUGGUAGAAACACUUUUAAGUUCAGAAGUCAAGCUGAAAAGUUGAUGAAAUUUUUGGAAAAGAGGAAUGUAAGGAAAAGCUUCAGAAGAAGGGCCUAUGAACAUCUCAAUCUUAUAUGGGAAAGAACCAAAGGAAUAAAUGAACAUUGCCUUGAAGAACUUUCUCUCGGCCCAAAAUUAACUGAAGACAUUUUCUUAAAUCGCUAUCAAUAUGUGUUCAGAGAUGCCUGCUUGUUCAGCGAUGUUCCUAGUACGACUUUUAAGAUAUUUGUUAGAGAGAUGAAAAUAUAUCACUUCAGAAAAGGCGAGAUCAUUCAAAGAGUCCGAGACGUUGUUUCGGACCUUUUCUUCCUAACCUCAGGCCAAAUAGAGGUAAAAGAUGAGUACAGCGACUACAUUAGGACCCUUGAAGCAGCCUCAGUGUUCGGCAAUCUGCAAAGAGGGAAAUACGCUGAAAGCAAAGUGACCUUGACGGCCAGAAGAAACGUCGAGACGUGCGGUUUGCCUACCGAAAGGUUUUUGAGCCUUGCGAAAAUGCAGCCUAGUCUGCUUUUGAGGAUUGGAGGGUAUUUUGAUAGGAAAAAGGAUUAUCUGCUUCCUUUGGCGGGAGAAACUGACCUCCUCAAAGGUCUGAAGAAACAAUCUAGUCAAUAUUAUGACAUGGAAUCAGACGAGGAACCUGUUUCGAGAAAAAAAUCUUUGCCUUCAAUUACAAACAGAUCAGCUUUACAAUUUAUGCUUAUCAAUAGAUGGUUCAAAUUUGGCUUGAAACCAGAUCACAAGAUAUUUGAGAUGAUUGAUAUAAUGACGGUGAUGUCUACUGUAAUCAACCUGUUGAUAAUUCCCUACGUCUUCGUGACCCAAGACAGUUCACCUUACUAUUUUGUUUACUUAUCUUUGGAGCCCGUGUACUAUUUGAGACUUGUGAUGAAAUUUCACAAAGGAUUCAUCAGCUACUACGGAAAUUUCAUUUUCACGAACGCGAAGAUUGCCAAGAAGUACUUGAAUAGUCCUCGAGAGGUGUUUUGGGAUGUUGUACCCAAUCUUCCACUGGAGCUGGUGUGUUUUACAUUCCAUCAAGAAGACUGGUUUUUCUUUUAUACUUGCUUCAGGUUGAUACAUAUGUUAAGGUUCUAUUACAUCCCGAAUUACUUUAACACGAAAGAAGAAAUAUUGACAAUGGAAAAAUGGCUACCACUUAUGAAAAUUAUGGUAUACAGCAUUUUGUGCUGUCAUUUUAUGGCCUGUGUAUUUUUGUUUGCAGCUUGCCCUUUUGGAAGCUGUCUAUCAGAAUCGUGGAUGCAAUCAAUCAGUGGUACUAGUACUGAAAUUACUCUUCAAAACAAAAUGUUAUUGACAUACCUGUACGUCAUAACACUGAUGACAACGACAGAUAUUGGAAGUAUUGUCAGGAAACGUUGGUUUGAAAUAUGCUUUAGCUCGAUGUCUGUUUUGCUAGGAAAAGUUAUGGUAGCAGUAUGGAUAGGCGAAAUGUUGAGGGUCUUGCUGACUUAUGGCAUUCCAUUCAUGGACUACGGUAACAAGACUCGGUUGCUAUUGGAGCAAUCCAAAAAUAAUGGAAUAUCAGGUAAUUUUUGUAUGUACAAACGUAUGCAGAUUCCUCGUUGUUUGUAUUGACCUUACAGGAUUUAUUCUACACAAAACAGAAGUAUAUUUAGAAAAACUAUGGAGAUAUGAAAAAGGUGAAAACGUGCCCUAUCUUUUGGAAAUAUUGCCUUACAGCCUGAAAUGUGACAUCAUGUUCAGUUUGUAUCAUGAACCUCUUAGACAAUUGUUCAUCUUCAAGGAUACCAGUAUAGAACUAUUACGUCAGAUCUGCUCCAGACUACAUAGAGCAGUAUACUUCGAAAACGACUACGUCCUGAAACAAAAAGACUUCUACUCGAAAAUGUACUUCAUCUACGAAGGGGAGAUAACGGUGUUUAAUAAAUUUUCCGACCUGUCAGAAGCCCACCACGUCGUUUUACGGAAAAACGAUUCAUUUGGAGUUCUGCAGGGGCUCAAUUUAGAAACGGUGCAGCAUUUUUCCUACAGAGUUAUUUCGAAGAGAGCGGAAAUACUUACUUUGGCUUACAGUGAUUGGAUUCAUUUGCUCGAGUUUUUCCCGGAUGAUAAAGAAAAUGUUGUUUCAAGAGGCAAGCGAGAAUUUGCGAGAUUUUAGAAUAAAAUUAAGUUUACAAUAUCUGUCGAUAUAUGUUAUUUUUAAUGUCAGUUCUUAGUAAUUCAAUUGAAAAAAGAGAAAAGAAUUUGUUUUUUUUUUACAAACAAGCUCUCGGAAAUGCACCUCAGGUCUAUAAUGCGUUCUGAUAAUAGAAUAAAUGAGUAUUUGUUACAGUAUUUGCCUUAGGAAAAC